AUGGCUAAACCUGAACUAGUGAAAUAUCAUUACAACCCCUCACUCGCAGCUGCAAUCCUAUUCGCAGCUCUAUUCGGCCUGUCUGGACUUCUUCACGUCUGUCAGCUGGUUAAAGGGAGAACAUGGUAUUUUCUCGCCUUCUUGGUGGGAAUCUUGUUUGAGGUCGCAGGUCAUGCAGCACGCGCGUAUAAUGCAACUGAAUCUCCAAAUUGGUCCAGCGGUCCAUGGACUAUGCAGCUACUUCUUCUUCUCUUAGCCCCGGCGUUAUAUGCAGCCUCAAUUUACAUGAUACUGGGACGACUUAUCAGAUUACUGGAUGCCGAGAAAUAUUCUAUUAUUCGAACACGAUGGCUGACCAAGCUCUUUGUGCUCGGUGAUGUGGUCUCUUUUGCUGUCCAGGGCAUUGGUGGGGGAAUGAUGUCAAGCGCAGAUGAUAAAGACGGGCUUGACCGAGGCCAGAACGUUAUUCUAGCUGGCCUAGGAGUUCAGAUACUCUUCUUCGCAGCCUUCAUUCUCGUAAUUUCGAUUUUCCAUCGUCGCAUCCACAGUCAGCCGACUAGAGCGAGUGAAGAAACUCCUUUGCCUUGGAAGCAAUACAUCCUGGUCCUCUAUUUUGUCUCUAUUCUUAUUAUGAUUCGGUCCAUCUUCAGGUUGGCUGAAUUUGGUGCUGGGCAGACAAGUGUCCUUCAAACUUCUGAAGUCUUUCUAUACUGCCUGGAUACAAUGCUGAUGUUUUUCUGCUGCGUGGUUUUCAAUUUACGGCAUCCGAGCCAGGUUGUUCAAAAUCCGAAAUAA